UGUAUAUAUACAAGCCUGUUCAUUUCAUUUCAUACAUCGUCGAGCCCCGCAUUUCAUACAAACAAACCCCAGUGGUGAAGAAAGAUUGGCCUGAUGAGGAUGCGAUGAAGUUGUCGUUUGAGACUGGCAGUGCUGUGAAGGUCAAAUUUAAGCGCAGGAAAGUACCAGUUGUUAGGGAUUUUCCUUUGGGAUGUGGACCAAAUGCACUAAAGGUUAGUGAUGUUAAGGGUUCUUCGCAGAGUGGAUCAAAUGCAAUGAAGGUCUCUGCUAUUGGGGGAUUUCCUGCGGGGAAUGGGCAAAAUGCAGUAAAGGUCUCUGCUGUUAGAGAUUUUCCUGCGGUGAAUGUUUUGAAUGCACUAAAGGUCUCUGCUGAGGAUUUUUCUUUGAGGAAUGGACUUGGUGAACAAAUGGCAUCUGGUGUUAAAGAUUCGCCUGCAGGGAGAGGACCGGAUGCACCAAAUGCCAAUGCUGCUGUAGAAUCUCCUACGGAGAGCGGAUCAAAUGCAAUGAAGGGCUCUGCAACUGGCGAAUUAUCUGUGGGUAAUGGACCAAAUGCACUAAAGGUCCCAGGUGAUAGAGAUUCUUCUGCAGUGAAUGUUUCGAAGGUCUCUUCUUGGGAUAUUCCUGCGGGGAAUGGAUCAAUUGAACCAUUGGUCUUGCCUUCUAGGGAUUCUCCUGCAGGGAGGAGACUGAAUGCACCAAAGGUCAAUGUUGUUACAAAUUUUCCCACGGUGAGCGGAUCAAAUGCAAUGAAGGUUUCUGCUAUUGGGGAAUUCUCUUCAAGAACUGAACCAAGUGCAAUGAAGGCUCCUGCUGUUGGAGAUGUUUCUGCAAUGAAUGCUUCAAAUGCUUUAAAGCUCUCUGCUAUUGGGGAUAUUCCAGUGGCGAAUGUACCAAGUGCAUUAAAGGCCUCUGCUGUUAAAGAUUUCUCUGGAGGGAAUGGACCGAAAUCAUCAAGGGUCUAUGCUGUUAGACGAGGUUUUCCAGUUGUUCGGGAUUUCCCUCCAGGAUGUGGACCAGGUGUUAGAGGAACCAGACUAAAAAUACAGUAAUGUCAAAUGAAAAAACAUGUUGUACAGGAGAGAAGUCACAACAGAACUUAGAGACCAACUAAGAACUCAUGGCAUCCGUGGAAAGUAACUGUCUUCUGAAACUUUUAAGAUCUUUUGCUAAAUAUUUCAUUACACAGUUCCUCGACAGACAGCUGCUCCAGCGGAAUCAAACUUUUAUUGGUCAAGCUCAGUACAAAAACAUAUGCAGCUUAAUAUACCAAAAACAUUUCACAUCCUGACAAUAUCCAUAUCCAGUCAACACAAGUUAUGAUCACUACUCUAGACUUCUUAUAUGAUAUACAUAUAUGAUAGGCUUCUUAUAUGAUUAUCCUUUUAGUUUUGAAAUUAUGCAUAUAUGAUAUGGCUGCCGGUCCACAACAUACGAGUGAUUCUAGCUAAAUCGAAAAACCUCAAAAUGAGACAAUUUUAUGUUGAAUGAUACUGUAGCAUCCUCUAUAUGUACAUAAAAAAUUUAUGGUUAA